AGAAACGCAAGAAAUAUUCUCAUCUGUCAUUUCACACCUGCACUCUAGAGAAGGAAGUAGGGGCAAAAAAUCUCCAUUGAAGACAGGGAAACACGCAGCAACAAUGGAGCAAUGGGACACAACCACGAAAUCAACCCUAACUAAAAUUCCACUUCUCACAACCAAAGCCGGCCCCCGCGACGGCGCGGCGUGGACGCAGCGUCUGAAGGAGGAGUACAAGGCGUUGAUCGCCUACACAUCCAUGAAUAAAGCCAACGACAAUGACUGGUUCCGAAUCUCCGCUGCCAAUCCCGAAGGCACUCGUUGGGUGGGCAAGUGUUGGUACGUCCACAACCUCCUUAAGUAUGAAUUUGAUCUUCAGUUCGAUAUUCCUGUCACUUAUCCUACUACUGCUCCUGAACUCGAACUCCCUGAAAUCGAUGGCAAGACCCAAAAGAUGUAUAGAGGAGGGAAGAUUUGCUUGACCGUGCAUUUCAAGCCGCUUUGGGCAAAAAAUUGCCCUCGGUUUGGUAUAGCGCAUGCUCUGUGUUUGGGCCUUGCUCCAUGGCUUGCAGCGGAGAUUCCCAUUCUUGUUGAUUCUGGUAUGGUCAAGCACAAGGAUGAUGUCGCCUCAGCCAGCGACAGUUAGCUACUCUAAACUCCCAGCUACAACAUGGGUUUGGCAGAUCUCUAUAGGUAGAGGAAUGAAGAAGUAACAUGAAACUGUUUAUAUUUGUUAUAUUUAGAUAACUUUGAGGCGCAAAACUAUACUUGGAUUGUCACAAUGCACAACCAAUAUGAUGAGAUUUUCGCAACUAGGGAUCUUUAAUUUUGAAGCACGGACUUCUGUAAUAACCCGCCCCUAUGAUUCAAUUGUGAAAUUUGUAAUUGGGUGGUUUGAUUUUGGAAGUUUGAAAAGGAUUUUAACUCAAAUAGAAUUGUCCCCUAGUCUUGUAUUUUUAUCUUUUUAAAUAAAAGAAGUUACCUAUUGGUUUGUGGGCCGUUGAUUGAUUAA